GUACACCUAAAAAGACAUUAAGUUGAAAGAGAAUCUGAAAAUAACGUUACUUCGUGUAAAUAUGACGCACACGCCAAUACUGUUGCAUAGCUGGCUGAAUCAACAUGGGUGGGAAGUUAUGAAGCAUGUCCGAUCGUAUUUAAAGAGCUCGAGAUCCACACUAAACGAACAUUGUUAUGGGUAGACUUCUUCCUGAAGCUGUGGGAAUUAACUUGCGUUUAAGUUCCGACAAGGUCUUUUUGUUUCGGCUGUAUUUCUGAGGAUUCUGACUUGUUUGGUUUUGGUUCCACACACUACUGCAUCAUGAAUAUCGUCGCUGAAUUGUUUGUGGUCACUUUCAAAAUAAUCUGGUCGUUUGUGUUGGCUGGAGGUAAAUGGUUUAUUAGUCCACGCGAGAAAAGUGUGGAGGGUCAGGUAUGUGUUAUUACCGGUGCGGGUAGCGGUCUAGGUCGGCUCUUUGCGCUCGAGUUUGCUCGGAGACGAGCGACUCUUGUACUUUGGGACAUAAACAGACAGAGUAACGAAGAAACAGCCGAACUGGUGCGUGAAAUCUACAAAGAGAUGAGCUGCACUGAAGGGUCUUCAGGCAGUGUUCAAGAGUUGCCUCUGUUUCAACCAAAAGUUUAUACGUACGUCUGCGACGUGAGUAAACGCGAGAGUGUAUAUUCUACGGCAGAAAAGGCGCGCAAAGAUGUGGGCAAUAUCGACGUGUUGAUCAAUAACGCUGGAGUUGUCUCAGGACAUCAUCUUCUCGAGUGCCCGGACGAGCUCAUUGAAAGAACAAUGAUGGUCAACUGCCAUGCUCACUUCUGGACUACCAAAGCUUUCCUUCCCACAAUGCUGGAGAUGAAUCAUGGACACAUUGUAACUGUAGCCAGCUCUUUGGGUUUGUUCACCACUGCUGGUGUAGAGGACUAUUGUGCAAGCAAGUUUGGUGCUAUAGGUUUUCAUGAGUCUUUGAGCCAUGAAAUGAAAGCAGCAGAUAAGGAUGGAAUCAAGAUGACUCUUGUCUGUCCCUUUUUGGUAGACACUGGAAUGUUCAAAGGCUGUAAAAUUAGGAAAGAAAUGGCUCCAUUUUUUCCACCACUAAAGCCCGAGUACUGUGUACAACAAGCCAUGAGAGCGAUACUAACAGACCAACCAAUGAUCUGCACGCCACGAGUCAUGUACAUGGUCACCCUCAUGAAAACAAUUUUGCCAUUUGAUGCUGUUGUAUGCAUGUACAGAUUUAUCGGUGCUGAUAAAUGUAUGUACCCCUUCCUGGCGCAACGAAAGGAGUCCACAAACAACAAUGAAUCAAAGACCGGGAUCUAACUGGUUUAACUUGGAGCAAUGAUGCUAAAUUCUGUGUAGUUCCACUGGAACAGUGACCAUUUAGAUUUUUUCAAAUUAUGUUUAUGUGGCAACUGUAAAAUUUGCAAAUUGCAAAAUGACACAUUUAGAACAUAAUGUACCAAUAAGCUUUAAUCUAUGAAAUGUUUCGUGUUGUUAAGAUUGCACAAAAAUGCCUUUUCCCUAUUUAUAUGUAUUCAGUUAUAUUUGUCUGUCAUGUGGUAAUUUUUUUUUCUCUUAACAUUCCAUGAUCUUGUCACUUUAGAGGAUUUAUCCUCCAUAUAACACUAAAAUAUGCACUGUGUGUAUUGAAAGUAUUUCUACUUGCAACCAAAUGACUGUCAAAAGAUUUUUAGAAAACUACCACAAUUGCUUAUUGUUAAAUAAAUACUCACUUCAAAUAAA